AUGGCGUCUGCAUGUUCAGCAAUAUACUUUCUAAAUAUGAAGGGCGACAUCCUGAUUCAGCGGACAUAUCGAGAUGAUGUCGAGCGAAACCUAGCAGCAACCUUCAGGACGCACAUCCUCAACUCGAGAGAGGCUGACAACAUCUCGAACCUCACCCCUGUCCGAGUGCUGGGGUCCUGCAGCUUCAUGUACAUGCGACACGGCGACGUCUACAUCCUGGGCGUCACCAAGAGCAAUGCAAACGUCAUGAUGGCUUUUCAAUUCAUGACGAACGUUGUGACGCUGUGCAAGGCUUACUUUGGCGGGGAGUGCAGCGAGCAGAGCAUAAAGAACAAUUUUGUGCUGAUAUAUGAGCUCCUGGAUGAAAUCAUGGAUUUUGGCUACCCUCAGAUUGUGGACCCUUCGAUACUGAAGCAGUACAUCUUCCAGAAGGGGUUCAUCACAGAAGCUGCAAAGGCAAAGCGGGACGUGGAAGCGCAGAAUGCCACCUUGCAGGUGACGGGUGCGGUGGGGUGGCGGACGGACAACAUAAAGUACAAGAAGAAUGAGGUGUUCCUGGACAUAGUGGAGCAGGUCAACGUGCUGAUGUCCAGCAAGGGCACAGUGCUGCGCUGCGAUGUCAACGGCAAGAUCAUCAUGAAGGUCUUCCUGUCUGGCAUGCCCGACGUCAAGCUGGGCCUCAACGAGAAGCUGGAGGACGUGACAUUCCACCAGUGCGUGAACCUGGGCAAGUUCAACACCGAGAAGGUGGUCAGCUUUGUGCCGCCGGACGGCGAAUUCGAGCUCAUGAAGUACCGCUGCCAAGAGGGCAUCUCCCUGCCAUUCCUGGUAACGCCGCUGAUCAGCGAGCUGGGCCGGACGCGAAUGCAGGUGAACAUCAAGGUCAAGGCGGGCUUUGGCAGCAAGGACUUUGCACUCAACGUGGUGAUCACCAUCCCCGUCCCCGAUACAACUGCCAAGGCAGACAUUCAGACCAGCAUAGGCAAGGCAAAGUACGACUCGAAGAAGCAUGCGCUGGUGUGGAAGAUCAAGCGCUUCAACGGCGCAACAGAGCACUCCUUGAUCGCGAGCGUGGAGCUGAUUGCCACCACCAGGGACAAGAAGGCUUGGAGCCGGCCGCCCAUCUCCAUGAACUUCCAGGUGCCCAUGUACAGCGCAUCUGGGCUGCGCGUGCAAUACCUGAAAGUGUGGGAGAAGAGCUCCUACAAGGUGGAAAAGUGGGUCAGGAAAGUCUGUAAGUCAGGCGAUUACAGCAUCAGGACCUAAUGGCAUUACUCUGCACAAAAUACUUGAACAAGGACAAUAAAGCUUUCUCAAUGUGUCGAAAACCUCUUGAGAUGACCAAUCGUACCCAGGAAGUUGACUGCUGGGUUGCACCAUCACGGUCCGUUCCAUAGUGUCCAAAAUAAUGUAGGAAUGACAACUGCGCAGGUUGAGCUCUGCCCUGAUCAUGAAGAGUGUCAGCGGUCUUGUCCUGACCUUUCAAAGGAGUAGCUACUCGAGUGGAUGUGCCUUUGGAUUUGAAGCCUCAGAUCUUGAGAGUAGAAAAUCAUGCAAAAUGGUUGUAGAGCUGUUGCUCACUGUCC